UUGCGGAUUAAGAUAACAUAUUUGUAGAUCUGUAUAAUUGCUUGUAACAGCAAAGAUGAUUUCUGGUUAAGAAGUAAGAAGAGAUUUAUAAUUAAGCAAACCAUUUGCCUUAUGACCCCAUUGUUGUCACAUCCACUUUGUCUUUUCACCUUCCCUGUCUCAAAAAACAGAGGACCCUUGCUCUGUUUCUUAACCCUGUUUUAUCUCCUACUCAAAGUUCAAAUCUUUUGCGAAACCCAGUAAUGGAAGAUCAAAGCAGGUGAAAAUGAGGAGAACUAGAGACGUUAACAAGGGCUCUUGUUCAAGGAGAUGGUAAGAACAACGGCGUCGUUUGGAACCAGCUCAAGCUUUGUUCUUCGUCUCGGACAAACUCUGUUUUCCUCUGCUUCGCUUCUUUUCAUGUGCUUUAACGAUGACGAAGAUUUCUACGCUUACACCACCUUCUGUUAUCUAGUCACAGUCAUGGGUUUAGUGACACCUUGGAGCGUGACGUUAGCCCUAAUGGAAGCUUACUCAAUCCUCGUAAAAAAACUUCCUAUGCAAGCAACAGUUAUAUCUGUCAUCGUCGCUGGAGAUUUUGUUUUGUCGUUUUUGUCAUUGGGAGGUGCAUGCUCGACGGCGAGCGUGGCCGUACUUUUGAUGGACGCCGGAGAGAAGCAAUGUGAUCGGUAUAAGCUAUCGGCGACAAUGGCGUUUUUGUCUUCGUUUCUUUCAUUUGCUUCAACUUUCUUUAAUUUUUGUCUUCUUCCUUCUCUAAUGUCUCACUAAUUAGGAUUUCAUUUCACCAGUCUAUAGUUAUAUAUUCUUCCUUUUGUAUUUGUUGUAGAAUAUUUUUUCCUUUGUUUCGAUCCAAUGCCAUUUUUCUGACGGAUUUUAGAAUAA